UGCCAUGGUAACAGUUAGAUAAAAUAUACUAACACCCUUAUACUCAUUAUCCCUCGUUAUUUUGCGGUCGUUUGAUGUUGUCAUUACAAAUAUCCGGAUUUGAUGAAACAUAGUUAAUUUUAUCUUCUGUCAAAUACUGACUUCCCAUAAUCAAAUAAUGGUGAUUUUACUGAAAAUUUAAUUGCACGUGAAAAUAAAAGGAUAUAUUUUUAUUUUUCAUAUAAAAGUUAACGCGUGUGAGUGAUAUAAUUUUACUGACUUUAAUUAACGGUAAUAUUUUUCAAUUUCAACUCGUCGGAAGAAUUGUUUGUAGAAUGCCGAAAACAUUUUUGAUAAGAAAGAAACAAGGGUUGAAAAAUGUUUGGAAUGAGAUAGAAUCAGGAGUUACUGGACAGAUAGACUCCAGGAGAUUGGAUGACAACUCUAAAACAGAUUUCGUAGAAACAUUAAAGUUUCCAAUUCCAGAAGUUCCAUCUCCAAUAGCAGCAGACAGUGCGGAGAGAGGACAAAUAUCUUCCGAACCUGCGUCACGUGACCAUCUCCGAUCUGCUUUUGAGUACUGGCCAAUCGUGAAACAACGAAUGCUACAGUCGCCACCCCAUAACGCAUUUCCGCAAAGAUCUAACUUUUUGCCAUUUGGUUUUAAAUACUGUCAAAGUGAAAAUAAUAUGAAUGUUGAUUUAAACAACAACAAGGACAGGCUUGUGGCAUCAUCACCGCCAUUUUCACCGAGCACUCCAAGUCAGGUAAACGCUUACAUUUCAAGAAAUAAAGCGUUGGAUAUACCUGCAAGUUCAUCAAAUUUUGACUCUAUUUUCUGGCCUGCUCAUAACAUUUUCAGCAGUUUUACAGGGUCUGGAUAUACAUCUGACAAUUCCUUUCAUCAGAGACACGUAAGACCUUUCCAUCCAUACAAAAUUCCAACAGAAACAUCCAUAAACUGGCAUUUCAGAUGUGCGAACAAGCAGGAUAAGAUGUCCCCAACACUGAAAACAACGCCUGUCUCAGAGACAAAAAGUAAACCACAAAAUGUUCCGAGGUCUCCGCUUAUUACACAGUCGGCGACACCGAAUAUAGAGCUGAUAAAUGGAGGGUAUGGUAUAAAGAACCCGUUACUAUCUCCAGAUUGCAAUGUUACCAAAGACGCGCCAACAUUAGGCAAUAGCUACAGAGAUACAAAAUUCAGUUGCAAAAUUUGCGGCAAAUAUUUCGAGUUCCCGAAGUUACUACAGCGCCAUCUGAAGUCUCAUACAGACGUUAAACGAUACCUGUGUACUUUCUGCGGUAAAGGUUUCAACGACACGUUUGAUCUUAAACGUCACACAAGAACUCAUACAGGUGUCCGUCCGUACAAGUGUGAAAUGUGUGACAAGGCAUUUACGCAACGUUGCUCAUUAGAGUCUCACUGUCGAAAAAUACACAACAUUGAGUUCCGGUUUGGAUACAAAGAAAGACGCGGGAAAGUGUACGUCUGCGAAGACUGUGGUCACGUGACUGAAGACCCGGAAGAACAUUUUGUUCAUAUUAAAGACAGCCAUCCUUACAAUCCUACCAUUCUGAGAUGUUAUGACAAAAGACAUUUUAAAUUUAACGAAAAUAAUGGAAAGAAAAUAAAACACGGCUCCCUUAGUCAAUCCUGAGCGCUUGCUCAAUUCCUGUAUUGAUCUAAGGCGAUGCUUCUUCUAAGUGGACCUCUGCCUGCUACAGAGGGGUGAGGUCGCAGACAUUAAACCACUAGCUCCUACCGUUGUGGAUACACGUUUUACUUACUGGGCAGGAUUAUACAAUAUCAUGAAUCCUUCAAACUGGCUUGCGUGAAGCCGACAGUUCAACCAAUGUGCCCAACCGUGUUUGACACAAUGAAUGUUCGUAGAGGCACCAAGUGUCUUUGUCCAGGAUUGAAAAUGCAAGGUAGCAAUAUGACUUAAACCGUGUCUGUGUUUCUUAAAACACGACAACGAAAACAACAAAAGAAAGUUCAUAAUUAGAACAUUUUAAAGUUGUUUCUUCGUGUACCAUGUUGUUCAUUGCACCCGUAUUAUGUGCUUCAUCAAACAGUUAAGAGUUAUAUUUUAAAUGGGAGUUUACACGUGAUUGUCUCAAUAAAAUCUGUAAUAAAAUCAAAUAUUACAUCAA